AUGCAAGGCUUCCCACAGCGUUUUGUCCAUCACAACACGCCGAGGAUCCUCGGAUUUGUGGUUGCUGUGCCACGCUACCUGCUCUCCACCGCGCUGAAGGCACCAACCUUGCUAGCCGCUGUGGUGGCAUUCUACCUGAUAUGCGCGGUACUACCGAGUGGUCUUAUCGGUGAUCUUGUCAUGAUCGCAGCCGAGGCCGUGCUCCUCCGCGUCAUCUUGCAGGUUCUGCUGCGUGAUCGAGACUUAAUUCUCGCCGAGAGCAUCAAGAAAGUUUGCCAGAAGAAGGAGGCUCCCGGUUCGGUUGUGGCCGUGCUCGGUGCCGCACACUGCAACGGCGUCCGACGGCUGCUGCUGGAGGGUUUGCCGGAUGCGGUCGUCAAGGAUACUGUCCCUGAAGCCGAGCCGGCAAAUGCAGCCUGA